GAGAUGCUGAUCUGCUGAAGGCUGUGUGGGUGAAAACAUGGCAGGCAUGAGUGCAGUGGGUCCUGGGUCGGCUUCGGCUGCUGGACCGGUUCAACAAGGACUUAAAGAAGCCCUGAUUGAGACGUUGACGGCUAUCCUGUCCCCGGUUCAAGAAGUGCGAGCAGCCGCGGAGGAGCAAAUAAAAGUUUUGGAAGUGACAGAGGAGUUUGGAGUCCACCUGGCGGAGCUAACUGUGGACCCUCGGGGAGCUCUGGCCAUUCGUCAGUUGGCCUCAGUCAUCCUUAAGCAGUAUGUGGAGACCCACUGGUGUUCACUAUCUGAGAAGUUCAGACCCCCAGAGACCACAGACCGGGCCAAGGCAGCCAUCAGGGAGCUGUUGCCAGGAGGUCUGAGGGAGGCCAUCAGUAAGGUGCGGUCCAGUGUGGCAUAUGCUGUGUCGGCCAUUGCCCACUGGGACUGGCCUGAGGCCUGGCCUCAGCUCUUUACCAUCCUCAUGGACAUGCUGGUCAGUGGCGACGUCAACGCAGUGCACGGGGCCAUGAGGGUCCUCACAGAGUUUACCCGUGAGGUGACAGACACUCAGAUGCCUCUGGUGGCUCCGGUGAUCCUGCCUGAGAUGUACAAGAUCUUCUCCAUGAUGGAGAUCUACAGCAUCCGUACCCGCUCUAGAGCCGUGGAGAUCUUCUCCACCUGUGCCAACCUGAUCUGUGCGAUAGAGGAGCUGGAGAAGGGAGCGGCCAAGGCCCUGAUCUUCCCCGUGGUGCAGCAGUUCACUGAGGCGUUCAUUCUGGCCCUGCAGAUGCCUGAUGGACCCUCCUCAGACAGCGGCCUCAAGAUGGAGGUCCUCAAGGCCGUGACAGCUCUAGUGAAGAACUUUCCUAAACCCAUGGUGUCGUCCAUGCAGCAGAUCCUGCCCAUCGUCUGGAACACCCUGACAGAGAGUGCCGCUUUUUAUGUCAGAACAGAGGUCAACUACACAGAGGAGGUAGACGAUCCAAUUGACUCUGAUGGUGAGGUUCUGGGCUUUGAGAACCUGGUGUUUAGCAUCUUUGAGUUUGUUCACACGUUGCUGGAGAACAGCAAGUUCAAGAGCACAGUGAAGAAGGCUCUUCCUGAGCUGAUCUACUACAUCAUCCUCUACAUGCAGAUCACGGAGGAUCAGAUCAAGGUGUGGACGGCCAACCCCCAGCAGUUUGUGGAGGACGAGGAUGACGACACCUUCUCCUACUCCGUCAGGAUCUCAGCCCAGGACCUGCUUCUGGCUGUGGCGACAGAGUUCCAGAACGAGAGUGCGGCAGCGUUGGCUGCAGCAGCAACAAGACACCUGCAGGAUGCCGAGCAGGCCAAGAACAGUGGCAAUGAGCACUGGUGGAAGAUCCAUGAGGCCUGUAUGUUAGCUCUGGGCUCAGUGAAGACCAUCAUCACAGAGAACGUGAAGAACGGCCGUGUUCAGUUUGAUAUGCACGGCUUCCUGGCUAACGUCAUCCUGGCUGACCUUAACCUCACAGCGGCCUCUCCGUUCUUGCUGGGCCGAGCCCUGUGGGCGGCCAGCCGCUUCACAGCAGCCAUGUCCCCUGAGCUCAUCCAGCAGUUCCUCCAGGCCACCGUCAGCGGCCUGCACGACAGUCAGCCGCCCUCAGUCCGCAUCUCAGCCGUACGCGCCAUCUGGGGGUACUGUGACCAGUUGAAGCUGUCCGAGAGUACCCACGUCCUGCAGCCGUUCCUGCCUGCUGUUCUGGACGGGCUGGUGCAGCUGGCAGCCCAGUUCAGCUCCGAGGUUCUCACCCUAGUAAUGGAGACACUGUGUAUUGUCUGCACUGUGGACCCAGCCUUCACCACCAGCGCAGAGAACAAGAUCUGCCCCCUCACCAUUGCCAUCUUUCUCAAGUAUAGUAACGACCCGGUGGUGGCGUCUCUGGCCCAGGACAUCUUUAAGGAACUGGCCCAGAUCGAGGCGUGCCAGGGCCCCAUGCAGAUGCGCCUCAUCCCCACCCUGGUCAGCAUCAUGCAGGCCCCGCCUGACAAGAUCCCCUCCGGUCUAUGUGCAACCGCCAUAGACAUCUUGACCACGGUGGUCCGACACACCAAACCCCCGCUCUCUGAGAUGCUGGUCUGCCAGGCCUUCCCUGUGGUGGCCCAGUGUACCCUACGCACAGACGACAACACCACAAUACAGAACGGGGGUGAGUGUCUGCGGGCGUAUGUGUCAGUGGCCCUGGAGCAAGUGGGCCAGUGGAGGGACACGGAGGGCCACAGUGGUCUGUGGUACGUGAUGCAGGUGGUCAGUCAACUACUUGACCCCAGGACAUCAGAGUUCACCGCUGCCUUCGUGGGCCGCCUGGUGUCCACGCUGAUCGCCCGCGCCGGCACCGAGCUUGGAGAGCAGUUAGACCAAAUCCUCAGAGCCAUCCUCAGCAAGAUGCAGCAGGCCGAGACCCUCAGCGUCAUGCAGUCUCUGAUCAUGGUAUUUGCCCACCUGGUCCACUCUCAGCUGGAGCCUCUGUUGGAGUUCCUGUGCAGUCUGCCGGGUCCAACGGGGAAACCAGCCCUGGAGUUUGUCAUGGCUGAGUGGAUGAGCCGACAGCACCUCUUUUACGGACAGUACGAGGGUAAAGUCAGUACGGUAGCCCUGUGUAAGCUGCUGCAGCACGGCCUCAACACCAAUGACAAGCGUCUCCAGGACAUCGUGGUCAAGGGAGAGGAGAUCUUUGGCCCUGACGAGGGCAUCCGCACACGCUCCAAGUCUGCCAAGAAUCCAGAGAAGUGGACCAACAUUCCAUUGCUAGUGAAGGUCUUUAAGCUGAUUGUKAAUGAGCUGUCUUCAGUGGUGGAGGCCAACACAACCAGAGCUGCCGCAGCAGACUGGAGUCAAGAUUCAGGUGGAAUGUGGGAGGACCAGGAGGCAGAAGAGGAGGAGGAGGAGGAGGAUGAUGAGGAGGAUGAAGGGCUGGCCGGGCAGCUGCUAUCUGACCUCAUCGCUUCCAACAAAUAUGAUGAAGACUACUAUGAGGAUGAUGAUGAGGAGGAUCCAGAUGCCUUGAAGGACCCCAUAUAUCAGAUAGACCUUCAGGCCUACCUGACAGAUUUCCUGACCCAGUUUGCCCAGUCGCCGUGCUACAGCAUGUUCUCUGGCCAUCUCAAUGACGCUGAGAGGAGAGUCCUGCAGACUAUCGGCAUCUAAACCUGCUCCCAUCCACUUCCCUAUGUCAACCCUACUAGAACACUCUUGCCCAAUCCCUCACUCUCACCAACCAAUCACCAACCCCUGAGUGUGGGAGAGGCUCUGAUUGGCCAAGCAGUUGUGGAUGCUUUACCUACAUCUCCAACAGAAGAACAUUGGGAGGUAAAGCGGGAGAGAUGAGACAGACAUGACUUACCCAUAACAUCCUCUCUCUCUAUUCUGACUUAAAGGAUGACCAGGAAAAGACUGCGGACUUGUGGAGGGAUGUGACGGAAGAAGUUCGAGAGAGGGUUGUGAGGGACACCCUGGUUUGUUCCCAGGGAGGGCUGGGAGACAGUUGUGGGAGACACCUCCUUAGUGGCUCCUCGCUCCUCUGCCCUGUUGUACUUGUGGGAGGACUUUGGAAUGUGACGGAGGGGUUGAUGUUUUGCAAUGGGACAGGCAGGCAGGGCAGCUGUGAUAUAUGGAGUCUUUACUGUGUCCCAUUUGUAACUUGACCCACUUAUUUUUGUGCUUCUGUAAAAAAAAAAAAAAAACUUCCAAGAGGCAAAAGAGACUUCAUGACGACGGACAGACAAAGAGAAACAUAUCUUUGAGACUGAGUAAGAAACUUUGGUGGCCUUGUUUUCAGAAACCAUUGACUUUUCUGAUUGGGAUGAAAACCUUGAGGACUUCUGGUUGCGACUGGGGCCUGGGUGGUAAUGGGGGAUUCACACCGUUGCCAUGGUGACUCGCCGCCUUUUCAUUUCCCUUUACCCACUAGUUGGGAUGAAAUUUCUCAAUAAAAGUCCCAAUAGGACACCA